AUGAGCAGUCAAAUGGAAGACGGAGAACCCAUAUCACAUGGCAAAGCUCAGUCCCCCUCUAAUUCAGUUUCUAGCUACUCUAGUGAGAAUGAUGUGACACAUCAAAAAAUCUUCAGAUGUCCACUAGCUGAUGAUCAUAUCAAAAAAAUUAGAGAAGAACGAGCUCAGAGAAGACAAAGUCGUAGGAACUCUUUAAUAUCUCAGGGCAAGGAUCCUGAUUUCCCCACGCCUGACUUGCAAUUCAUUGAAAGGCCAUUUCUUCAUGUCUACCGUGAAGUUUCACAAGAUAGCAAGACGUCCGGAAUGCAGGUUCCUCCGAGUUCAUUAGAUGUUCAGAUAAUGACCUAUAAUACUUUAGCACAAACUUUGAUUAGGAGAGACUUUUUCCCACAAAGUGGUUCCGCAUUGAAAUGGCAUAAAAGAUCAAAAGUCUUAGUCCACGAGUUGAAAACGUAUAAGCCUGAUAUUGUAUCGUUACAGGAGGUCGAUUACAACGAAUUGGGCUUCUGGCACGAAAAUUUUCAUAAGUUGGGGUUUGGUUCAACAUUCAGGAGGCAUGAGGGGAAGACUCAUGGGCUAAUGGUUGCGUGGAACAAUGAAAAAUUUCAGCAAGAUAACGAGUGGAUGCUAGACUACGAUACGAUCUUGGCCGGUAAUGCCAUCUCUGCAAGAACAAGAACCAAGAAUAUUGCCCUUAUUGUAUCGCUGAGUGUCAAAAACAUGACAAAUUUAUCAACCAGUGGAGUCAUUGUGGCAAACACACAUUUAUUUUGGCAUCCUUUUGGAGUUUUUGAGAGACUAAGGCAAUCUUUUUUAGUUCUGAAAAAGAUCGAGGAAAUUAAAACUUGCCCAAAGUAUUAUGGCUGGCACAGCCUUCUGAUGGGAGAUUUCAACACCGAACCUGAAGAACCACCGUAUAUGGCCAUAACGAGGAGGCCACUGACACUGACAGGCUCGGCAAGGGCCAUGACAGAAUGCUCUCUAGCGUAUCGAUAUUCAAAAAUGAGGAAUGGGGAGGAAAGCGACCAAGAUGAAGAAUGCGAUGAAGAAUCCACUGGCGAAGGCCAGCAUGACCAACCACAAAAUCCUAAACCUAAAUAUUUUGUCGCAACAAAGGAACAGAAGAACUUGGUGAAUCAGUUAGUCGCAUUGCACAACUCAUUGCAUGUAAAAGGAAUAUCGCUCUACGGGCUCAGCUACGGUAAGGUGCAUCCUGAUAAUUCCAAAGAGAAUCAUGGUGAACCAGAACUGUCGAAUUGGGCCAAUACAUGGUGUGGAUUAUUAGAUUACAUAUUCUAUAUUGAGCGUAAUGACAACGUGAGUUCUAGCAAGGAUGAACCUGUAAAAAACUUUGAAGACCAAAACAAUGUAAAAAUUAUUGGGUAUCUGAGAAUGCCUCGUGCGGAAGAGAUGCCCAAACACUCUCAGCCUUUCGAGGGAGAGUACGCUAGCGACCACAUUUCCCUAAUGUGCCAAUUACGCUUGUUUUGGCAGUAA